AUUCGUUAUACUUCUUCGGUGAAAGAGAUGCCAAGUGAUAUAUGUAAGCUAAAGAAUUUACACUCACUUUCUACAUUUAUUGUGGGCCAAAAUGGUGGGUUAAGAUUGGGAACAUUGAGGGAGCUUUCGGGAAGUCUUGUCAUUUCAAAGCUGCAGAAUGUAGUAUGUGAUAGGGAUGCAUUAGAAGCUAAUAUGAAGGAUAAAAAGUACCUUGAUGAGUUGAAGUUUGAGUGGGAUAAUGAGAGCACUGAUGUUGGUGGUGUUAUGCAAAAUAGAAGGGAUAUACUCAGCAGCUUACAGCCACAUACAAACCUCAAGAGACUCCAUAUUAAUUCUUUUAGUGGUUUAAGCUUUCCAGCUUGGGUAGGAGAUCCUUCAUUCUUCAAUCUUGUUGACCUGGGGCUUCAGAAUUGUAACAAUUGCUCGUCAUUGCCACCACUCGGGCAGCUACCCUCUCUUAAACAUCUUUCUAUCUUACAAAUGAAAGGAGUUAAAAUGGUGGGUAGUGAAUUUUAUGGGAAUGCUUCUUCCUCCAACACAAUUAAGCCCUCCUUCCCGUCCCUACAAACUCUAAGGUUCGAGAGGAUGUACAAUUGGGAGAAAUGGUUAUGUUGUGGAUGCAGACGUGGCGAAUUCCCUCGUCUUCAGCAGCUCUGUAUAAAUGAAUGUCCCAAACUCACUGGGAAAUUACCAAAACAGCUUCGUUCAUUGAAGAAACUUGAAAUCAGUAGUUCCGAGUUGGUUGUGGGCUCCCUCCGAGCUCCUCAAAUCCGUGAAAGGAAAAUGGGGUAUCAUGGUAAAUUUCGGUUGAAAAAGCCAGCUGGUGGGUUCACUGAUCUCCAAACUUCAGAAAUUCAAAUUUCAGACAUCUCUCAAUUGGAGGAACUGCCACCACGAAUACAGACGCUAAGAAUCAGAGAAUGUGAUUCGAUAGAGUGGGUAUUGGAGGAGGGAAUGCUACAAGGAAGCACAUGUCUUCUCCAACAUUUGCACAUCACAAGUUGUCGUUUCUCCAGACCCUUGCACAGCGUUGGUUUACCCACUACAUUGAAGUCACUAAUUAUCUGGGAGUGUACCAAACUGGAGUUUCUCCUGCCUGCGCUAUUGACAUCCCACCUUCCAUUCCUUGAAUAUUUAUACAUUUUUUAUGUUACCAGCCGUAAUUCUUUCUCAUUAUCUUUCUCAUUAAGCAUCUUCCCACGGUUGACUCAUUUGCACAUCCUUGAAUUUGAAGGGCUUGCAUUCCUCUCCAUCUCCAUUUCAGAGGGGGAUCCCACUUCUCUUAAUCGUUUGGAUAUCCGAAAGUGCCCUGAUCUUGUAUAUAUUGAAUUGCCCGCUCUUGAGUCAGCACACAAUUAUAUCUUCAGAUGCAGGAAGCUGAAGUUGCUGGCGCACACACACUCAUCGUUGCAGGAAUUGAGGUUAAUAGAUUGUCCAGAAUUGUGGUUUCAGAAAGAUGGUUUGCCCUCCGACCUACGUGAAGUUGAAAUUUCAUCCUGCAACCAACUCACAUCUCAGGUGGACUGGGGUUUGCAAAGACUGGCCUCUCUUACAAAAUUCACAAUCAGUGGCGGAUGCCAAGACAUGGAAUCAUUUCCCAAGGAAUCCCUACUGCCCUCCACACUUUCCUCUCUUAACAUAUCUGGUCUUCCGAAUCUCAAGUCUCUGGACAGCAAGGGGCUACAACAACUUACCUCUCUAACAACAUUAUCCAUCUCCGAUUGCCCUAAGUUCCAAUCCUUCGGAGAAGAGGGGCUUCAACAUCUUACCUCUCUUGAAAAAUUAAAGAUGGACUCCCUCCCUGUGCUCGAAUCCUUGAGAGAAGUAGGUCUUCAACACCUCACCUCUCUUAAAAAAUUGUCUAUCUCCAAUUGCCCACAUCUCCAAUGCUUGACAAAAGAGAGACUGCCAAACUCCCUCUCUCGUCUGAAAAUCAAGAGUUGUCCUUUGCUGGAGCAUGGGUGCCGAUUUGAGAAAGGCCAAGAUUGGGAAUAUAUAGCUCACAUUCCACGCAUAGUGAUAGGUGGUGUGCUCUACUAAAUUACUCAUGAAGGUGGUGAUUCCACACACAUAAUGACUUGGGUGUGCUAAAUACCGUCAGUCAGGUUAACACAAGUCUCCGAAUACACAAACUUGUAAGAUUUUAUUGCCUAUGGUCAUGAGACAGACAUGGUGCCAAGUAGCCCUCCACGUAUAAGAGACUUGUGUUCUUGAUAUAUGCCUGUGAUCUUUCCAAUGAAACAAUAUUUGAUGAGUCUCCCCCUAGAAAGGCAGCAGCAAACACACACAUCAGAGACUAUUCCAUUGGAAAUUUGUAAUGCCCUAUGUCAAUUUUUGUUGUCCUGUUGUUGGAGAUUUGAGUAUGCAGAGUACUCUGCCCUUUGACUUCAAAUUUUUUGCUCAUAUGCUACAAGCCUGAAAACAAAAAAAAUUACAUGAAUAUUAAGACUAAAAAGGUUUUGCAAGUUUAUGUAUUUGUUGUGGAAUACCAAUGAUUUAAACACUUGUACAUCUUCGAAUACCUUAGGUAUUGUCUAUCUAUGUCUAUGAUGAAAUGUGCUUGCAAUUUUACCUACAUCACAAAUAGGCUCUAGGUCUAACUAUUGCAUGUAAACAAUUUCGAAUUAUAGGAAUACUUAUUUUGAUCCUUUUGCAAGUUAUUUUUUCAAAGGAGUUGAAUUAGAAUCAAGAUAUUGUAUCUUUUCUCCUCUUCCCAUCUCAUAUUAAGUUUCCAAGAAGAACAUUAAAGAUUUCUUAUGAGAAACACAUUUUUUUUUUUCAUAAUGAGAAAUAUAUCAAGUAAAUAGAAAUAAUUUAUAUGAAUUUAUUUUUCAUUUGUGACUUUGAAACAAAAUUAGAAUUUGAGAAUUUAUGAAAUUAGAAAAAGGGAUCCCUCCAAAAGAGCCUAUAAUUCAAUUUGUUUUGGUUACUAUUUUAAGUCCAAUUUGUGUUUAUUUGGAAUGGCACUUGCUUCGACUUCACCCUCUUCCUUCACCCUUGCAUUUUCAUGAUUCAGCAUAUUGAGGUCUUCUUGUACUUGCAGAAGAAAGUAGUCAAAGCACCCCUAAGUUUUGGUCAUUGGGAACUGUUCUAUUUCAAUCUUGCCAAGUUCAGGUCAGUUGUGCAUGACAUCUACUUGUCCUGAGCUCCAUCCUUGAAAGAAGUGGAUCUUCAACAUCUUGUGCUUCAAGAUUAAGGUUUGAUUGUUGGUUCUGGUAACAAGUCUCCUAAUACACAAACUUUUAAGAUGUUGUUGCCUAUGGUCAUAAUGCAU